GUAUCGGAUUUCACAGCAACAAAGAUAAAUAACCAGCAGUUCUCGGACUACAACAACCUGCCGUUGCAGCUGGCCCUCACGGACUCGGCUGCGAAGAAGCUAACCUCGUUGUCCGAGGAAGACAAUAACCCGAAGCUCGCAUUACGCUUGGUCGUCUCCUCCGGCGGGUGCCACGGUUUCCAGUACGACUUGAAAAUUACAAGCACCGCUGACUACAAGCCGGACGAGGGAGACAGCUUGUUUGAAAGAAACGGCGGAAAGUUGCUUGUCGACAAAGAUGCGCUGGAGAUCAUGAGAGACUCUAAGAUCGACUACGUGAAGGAGUUGAUUGGGGAAGGAUUCAAGGUGAUCGAGAGUCCUUUGACGAAGAGCAGUUGUGGGUGUGGCAGCAGUUUCGACGUGGACUUCGAGAAGCUCGAG